AUCAGCUUUGGAACGCAUUGUCGCUUCGCUGUUUCGAUAGUCGUACAAUCAAUCUGCCAGUUCAGUCAAGAUGCCCGCUCCCAGCACCCUGAUUGGCUCAGCUACGCGUUACAUAGCGGGCCGCAACGCCGUCCAGACCGUUUACUGGAAAGAGUCCUCCAAGAGCAAUCAGCGGCUGUUGAAGCUGUCCAAAGUGUGCAGCUUCGGGAACGCCGCCAGUCCACCCCAAAAAGUCAAGGAGUUGCAGCAGGUCAAAUUUUACUGAUGUGACACCCAUAUAGAAUUCUAACGCUUGUAUAUAGAGUUAGCUUUAAUUUAUUAUUAGCAUUGGAUCAUAGUCAACUAUGAAAUCUGUCUAGUCUAGGAAACCCAUGUGGGUGAGCUAGUUUUGUAGGUUCACAUCGACUUAACGCCUGUUUAAGUAAACAACAUCCGAACGAGUGCAAUAAAGUACAAGUUUCAUCAGA